AAUGGACAAACAGUGUUCCAUCUGUAAUAAGGAAUUCUCCUUUAUCAAACAAAACAAAUCAAAAUGUAAAAGAUGUGGACUUGUAGUAUGUCUUGAUUGCAAUAAAAAUGAAUUUAAAGUAGCCAUCUACUUCAUUCUACUUCCUAGAUCUCUUCCUCCAUGUUGAAACCCCUCAAAAAGGAAAAAGUUUGUCUAUAAUGCAAAACUGAUUGUUUGUAUGUGGAACAAUAACUAGAAUAGCUCCAUCAGUCAUGGAACAAGGAAUCCUAAUUAUAAAUUGAGCUUUUCCAAUAAUCACUCAAUCCAGAGCAAUAUUAAUAGCUCAUCAAGAUUUCCAAAGGCCAAAACAAUUUUAAACAGAAUCUUGAGUAAAUUAAAUCUGAUCUAAUCAAAGUAUUUGAUUACUAUAGUUUAGUGUUUCAUUACCCAAGAAAUGUUUAAUUACUCAUUUUAGGAUUGGAUUUGUCAUUCAAUCAAUCAGAUGAAAGUCAAUCAAAUAUUUGAUGACAUUGAAAAUCUAUUAAUUGUAUUUUUGUAUAGAAAUUCUUAAGUUGGAUAUUCCUGCGAAUUAUUGUAAAUUUCAAUAGUUCUACUGACCUAAAUGAAAGAUUAUGCUGCUUUAUAAUUAUUAGAAUAACUUUAUGAAUUAAUGCCCUAUGAAUACUGGCCUACUUCUACUUAGGAACCUAAUUUGCAAACUUUAGUUUAGGACUUUUAACUUGCUUUCAAAAUAGAUUCAACCCAAAUUUCUUAAAUCAAAAAGUUUAUGGAAUUCUUUUCUACUCCAAAUACUCAAACUUUAUUCAUAAAAGGAUUAAACUUCUCUUGCUUCCAUAUCAUAUUUUUAGAACUUGUUUAGUAGAUGAACUUUGAGGUGAUUCAAAAAUAUUUGAUUGUAGUUGCUAAAUAUUGUUUAAAAUCAUUUGGCUAAUUUGGUUUUGAUUACAAAACAAUAGGCAAGCAAAUCCUCAACAAAACUGAUUAUAAAUGUAUCUUAUUUAUUCCAUUAUAUUUGAGCUAUCACCUAGAUUAAAUCAUUAUUGGACUAGAAACUAGGAAACUCCCAACUAACAUUUUCAAGUCCUAAAAGUAGCAUGAUUAGAAAACGUAAUUCUGUUUGCAGCAUUGAAAACAGUAGUUUUAUAGAUACUCUGCCCUAAUUAAUGACAUAAUAGAAUUCUUAGAGGGAAAUUAAAGUUGAAGACAAUUUUAUUUUUAAUUUCUAAAAUGAACAAAAUUUAUAGAUAAUUCAAUUAAUGUAAAUGAUUGAACAAAGGAAAAAAGAACUUUAUGAGUUGCAAAUCAAAAAUAUUGCUCUCAAAAAUCAAACCCAAAAUAUCAAAUAGAUAUCCAAAUAGGAACAUGAAGAUUAUUUAAAAAUGGUUGAUAAGAUGUCGCAAGAGAUUUAGGAGGAAAUAACUCAAGGAGUAUAGAUAUACUAUUAGAAAUGA